AUGGUCCGCGCUCGGUACAUGACCACGCGCGUCUAUGGUCCGCGCUCGGUACAUGACCACGCGCGUCUGAGGUCUGCGCUCGGUCUGGUGAAGUUGGCCGUACACUGUGUGACCAAUCAGAAAGUCGCCAUCAAAAUUGUCAACAGAGAAAAGCUGAGCGAGUCUGUGCUGAUGAAGGUGGAGCGGGAGAUCGCCAUCUUGAAGCUCAUCGAACACCCGCACGUCCUGAAGCUGUACGACGUCUACGAGAACAAGAAGUACCUGUACCUGGUCCUGGAGCAUGUUUCUGGAGGAGAGUUGUUUGAUUACCUGGUGAAGAAAGGACGUCUCACUCCCAAAGAGGCUCGAAAGUUCUUCAGACAAAUCAUCUCCGCUCUGGACUUCUGCCACAGCCACUCCAUAUGUCACAGAGACCUGAAGCCUGAGAACCUCCUUCUGGACGAGAAGAACAACAUCCGCAUCGCAGACUUCGGGAUGGCCUCCCUGCAGGUCGGGGACAGCCUCCUGGAGACCAGCUGUGGGUCCCCACAUUACGCCUGUCCAGAGGUGAUCCGGGGAGAGAAGUACGACGGGAGGAGAGCAGACGCCUGGAGCUGUGGAGUCAUUCUGUUCGCUCUCUUAGUGGGCGCCCUUCCCUUUGAUGAUGAUAACCUCCGUAACCUCCUGGAGAAGGUGAAGUUGGGGGUGUUCCACAUGCCUCACUUCAUUCCCCCCGACUGUCAGAGCCUCCUGAAGGGCAUGAUCCAGGUGGACCCUGGCAAGAGGUUCACGUUGGAGCAGAUCCAGAAGCACACAUGGUACCUGGCGGGUAAGAACGAGCCGGAGCCGGAGCAGCCCGUGCCCCGGAAGGUGUCCAUCAGAACCCUGUGUGCCCCGGAGGACAUCGACCCGGACGUCCUGGAGAGCAUGCACUCACUGGGCUGCUUCAGGGACAAGGACAAGCUGAGCAAGGACCUGCUGACGGACGAUCUGGAGAGCGGUCGUUUGCCCCUGAGCUGCAGAAGAGCAGUACUGACUUUGCUCCCAAAGAAAGGUGAUCUGCAGCUCCUAAAGAACUGGAGGCCGGUGUCGCUGCUCUGCAUGGACUACAAGAUCCUGUCCAAGGUGUUGGCGUCCCGGCUGAGAGGGGUCAUGGCCUCGGUCAUCCACGUGGACCAGACGUACUGUGUGCCCAGCAGGCUCAUAGGGGAUAACAUCGCCCUGAUCAGAGAUGUUUUGGAGGUCUCCGGCUCAUUGGGAAUCAACCUGGGACUGAUUUCCAUAGACCAGGAAAAGGCGUUUGACCGGGUUGAACACCAGUACCUCUGGCAGACCAUGGCUGCCUUUGGGUUCAGCCCUGGGUUCAUCGCCCACAUCCGGACUCUGUAUUGUGACGUCAUGAGUGUACUGAAGGUGAAUGGGGGGCUCAGUGCUCCGUUCAGUGUGGGGAGGGGCAUCAGGCAGGGCUGCUCUCUGUCUGGGAUGCUCUACUCCCUCUCCAUCGAGCCCCUUCUGCAUCGGCUCAGAGCUGACCUGCAGGGGGUGCUGCUGCCUGGAGCACGACCAUUUAAGGUCUCUGCGUACGCAGAUGACCUCAUUGUGUUCGUUAACAGCCAGAGGGAUGUGGAGGUCCUGGCUGACACAGUGCAGGUCUUUGGUCAGGUCUCCAGCUCCAGGGUGAACUGGAGCAAGAGCUCGGCCACUCUGCUCGGGGAGGGCCUGAGGGGUCUCAGCCUGCCUGGGGGACUGGUCCCGGCCUGGGGGGCCCUGUACAAGCCCCCUCUGACCAAGAGACAGGGAGAUCUGCAGUGGAGGCUGCUGCAUGGGGCGAUAGCAGUCAAUGCCUUUGUGUGUAGGGUGAACAGGGCUGUGGGGGAGGGCUGUCCCUUCUGUGGGGAGAGGGAGACAGUGUUCCACUGCUUCUGGGAGUGUGGGAGGCUCAGGCACAUGCUGGAGCUGCUGAGGGGCCUCUUCACUUCACUGGGGGCAGAGUUUAAUGCUCAGGUGUUUGUGGGGGGGGGGGGUGGGGGGGGUCAGGUACUCCAACCGCAGCAGGAGGAGGGGGCGGCUGCUCAGUUUCCUUGUCGGUCAGGCCAAGAUGGCCGUCUAUGUGAGCAGGAGGAGGAUGGUCCAGGACCAGGUGAGAAUCAGGAGAAGAUGAUCUACUUCCUGCUGCUGGACCGGAAAGAGCGGUUCCCGAGUCACGAGGACCAGAACCUGCCGCCCAGAAGCGAGAUUGCAGACCCGCCCCGUAAGCGUGUGGACUCGCCGAUGCUGAGCCGUCACGCCAAACGCCGUCCGGAGCGUAAGUCCAUGGAGGUCCUGACCGUGACGGACGGAGGGUCGCCGGUGCCGGUGCGACGGGCGCUGGACAUGGCCAACCACGGGCAGAGCAAAUCUGUGUUCAGUAAAAGCUUGGAUAUCACAAACGCUAGCAGCAAGGAGGAGAGGUACUGCCCCCUACAGGCCGCUCUGCCCAUGUUCACCUCAUCCUCACAGAGCACCCAUCUUCACCUGAGUCUGUGUGUUCUGAGCAUGGCCACGCCCCCUGUCUGUCUGACACUGGUACUACAUCUGUAA